UAUAUAAUUGAGAUUUAAGAGGGAGGGAGAAAAAUCUUUCACACCGACUCCAAUCUCCGUCCAUCGCAGUGUGUGUCUGUGGAUUUGUUUGGGAAGAAAAGAAUGGAAGAGAGUCUAUUAGAAUCACGUAAACAAAGUGAGAAGAAGCAGAGAGUGACAUGGGGUGGUUUUGGCCAAGAGAUGAAGAGGAUCAUUCACAUAGCACUGCCUAUGAUGCUUGUCACUGCUUCACAGUAUUUGUUGCAGGUUGUCACAAUCAUGAUGGUUGGUCACCUCAACGAUGACCUCUAUCUCUCCGCCGCCGCCUUAGCCAUCUCUCUCGCCACCGUCACCGGUUUCAGUCUUCUUAUGGGAAUGGCUAGUGGACUGGAAACUAUUUGUGGACAAGCAUAUGGAGCUCAGCAAUAUAAAAAAAUUGGAGUGCAAACAUAUACCGCUAUAUUCUCUCUCAUAUGCGUUUGUGUUCCCCUGACUUUGCUUUGGAUCAGCAUGGAAAAGAUACUAGUUUUCAUAGGCCAGAAUCCUCUAAUUGCACAUGAAGCCGGAAAAUUCAUAAUUUGGCUUCUUCCAGCACUUUUUGCAAAUGCAGUUCUGGGACCGGUAGUUCGAUACUUUCAAAUGCAAAGUUUGCUUCUUCCCAUGCUCAUAAGUUCUUGUGUCACUCUUUGUAUCCACAUACCCCUUUGUUGGGCUCUGGUGUUUAAGACUGGACUGAACAAUGUUGGUGGAGCAUUAGCAAUGAGCAUUUCAAUAUGGUUAAAUGUGAUUUUUCUUGUAUUAUACAUGAGAUACUCUCCUGCAUGUGCAAAAACCCGUACCCCAAUUUCCAUGGAGCUAUUCCAAGGAAUUUGGGAGUUCUUUCGCUUUGCUGUCCCUUCUGCAGUAAUGAUGUGCCUCGAGUGGUGGUCAUUUGAGCUACUUAUCUUGCUGUCUGGGCUGUUACCAAAUCCACAACUUGAAACUUCAGUUCUUUCUAUUUGUCUCAACACCAUUUCAACUCUCUAUGCAAUACCUUUUGGAAUUGCUGCUGCAGCAAGCACAAGAAUUUCAAAUGAACUAGGAGGUGGGAAUCCACAUGCUGCUCGUGUUGCUGUGUUGGCUGCAAUGUCUUUUGCUGUUAUGGAUACAGCUAUAGUCAGUGGAACCGUCUUUGCUUGUCGCCAUGUUUUUGGUUAUGUUUUCAGUAAUGAAAAGCAAGUUGUAGAUUAUGUCACUGUCAUGGCUCCUUUGGUUUGCAUAUCUGUUAUAUUGGACAGCAUACAAGGUGUCCUGGCAGGAAUUGCUAGAGGUUGUGGAUGGCAACACAUAGGGGUUUAUGUCAAUCUUGGGGCCUUCUAUCUCUGUGGGAUUCCAGCUUCUGCCUCACUGGCAUUUUUGGCAAAACUUGGAGGAAAAGGACUUUGGAUUGGAAUACAAGUCGGUGCUUUUGUUCAAUGUGUUCUAUUUUCUACCAUAACAAUUUGCAUCAAUUGGGAACAGCAGGCAAUCAAGGCAAGAAAGCGGUUAUUUGAUGGUGAAAUUUCAGCAGAAAGUAGAUUGGUAUGAGAAGCCCAUGAUCAAAUCAAAAGGCCAAUUUUCUAGUGAUGGGAACAACUCCACGUGUGAGAAGUAGGAGCACAUUAUCUUUAUUGGCAUUGGCAGUUUGAAAGUAAUGCUGAAUGAGAUUAUGGAUCUUGAUAAAAGGCUAACGAUGUCGUAUUUAAUGUUCUUUUUAAUAUCGAAAUCACAAAUUUUGAUCAUAGAGAUUUAUUAAAUAAACUAUAUUCGCGUUGUGCGGUUUA